AUGAUUAAUAUUUUUUUACAAGAAAACUCGAAUUAGUUUACUGUGUUCGGCUUUUUUAUAUAAAGAUCAUAUUUCAGUUUAAUGAAGUCUUGGCCUGCUUAUUCAACAUUCUUCAAUGAGUUAACCGCUAUUUGCAAAACAUUACGUAACACAGCCUCCCCGAAUGUAAAUUGAGCCCUAUAAACUUAAAGAACUUCGGCCUGGUAAAUACAUUCUCAUGAGGCCGAUCACAGCCCAAACUAUUUGCAAGGGAGAUAAUUGACAAUGAUAUUCAGCAAUAAAAGGAACAGAUUUUGGAGAACAGUCCGUCUGGAAAAGCUGAAGGCGGGACUUUGGUCGACCAGGUUUGGUGGAGAGCGCAGCCCUUUCGAAGAAUUCUAUGCGAAGCGUGGUACUGAAAACCCCAAACAAAACGAUCUCGUUUGUCUUUUCUAAAUAGGAGAGUAAAAUCUGAGUUGGGAAAGAGGCAUGCAGAGUGCUGAAUGACGUUCGAUUUGUUAUUGAUGAGGGGAGAACGACGCGGAGCGGAGAGGGUUGAAGAUUGACAGUGGAACUGUCCAAUCGCCGGUGUCCCUUGAGGGGGGGGCGGUUCGCUUGGUUCAUGUGGGCGAGGCGGAGACGACGCGAGGCGGCCGUGAUUUUAAAAGAAACGGCCGGCAGCUCGCCAACAGCCAGUGCGCGUAGCCGACAGCUGGAGCGCGCGGUGGGCGCGAGCCCAAACACAGGAGACAACAAAUCGCUGUCAGAAACGGUGCGCGUCACACUCUCGGCCGUCAGCAGCGGUGCGCGUCACACUAGGUCGUCAGCGAUUCAUUUUAGCGAGGAGACCUGGAAGAGAAGGGAGACAACGGGAAGAAAAUCUUGGAUUGAACACGAAUGGCCUUCAGCGUUACCGUGCGGCGCUAACCGAUCCGGUUAACAGCUGUUUUGUCUCUCCCCCCCCCACCCCUUCGCUCAGCCGAAGGAAAAGUACAUUUUUUUUCUUCUCCCCUUUUGCCAAAUCAAAACGGAAAUUCUCCUUCACCAAGAUCGCCUAAGAAACAAAAUGCGGCGAAGCUGAAAGUUGUGCUUGUAUUCCAGUUUUAAAUAUUCGUAAAGGGGGCUGUCGAUCAGCCCUGCGAUUGUGUGGUUGAAGAUGAUGCAGAAGCAGCUGCAACGGGAUGAGGUUUACCGUUGGUUCGGCGAGUUAAAUUCCUCACAGAGAGUGGAUUUCAUUUGUGGGUUGCUGGACCUCUGUAUCCCCCUGGAGCUACGCUUUUUGGGCUCCUGUCUAGAGGACUUGGCCAAAAAGGACUACCAUUCUCUCAGGGAUUCCGAGAUCAAAGCUAACAACGUGGCUGACCUAGCCAGCUUGACCAACAUGACAGACGAAGUGGUCCGCAGUAAACUCAUCGUCUCCUUGGCCUUACUAUGCUCCGACAACAGGGAGGCGUCCGGGGUCUUGUACCGCACCCUUACCCACAUCGAUUCCAUCAUCAAUAACUAUGGCCUUCAGCUUCACGAUAGGACUGGCGAUGAAUUCCUGCUCUUAUUUACCAUGGCUUCCAACCACCCUUCCUUCACCUUCCAUCAGAAGCAGGUCCUGAGGCAGGAGCUGCUGGAAAUCCAGAGAAUUAUCGAUAGUACUUCCAAUACAGCCACUGUCCCCGUCGCGGCCACAUCGACUACUGCAGCCAACUGGAACAGUAGUUCAGCAAUCUGCAAGAUAGUACACAGACCAGAAAGUGGUGUGCACUGUUUGCAGAAUGCAUUACGGACAUCAGCACAUUCCUAUGAGGAAUCCCCCCAGAAACGAUCUUUAGGCAAGCACUCAAAAUUAAGCAUUGAGAGAAUAGAUCUUAAAGGAUUACAACACAAGAAGAAUGACAAAAUGACGGAAUAUUCCUUUGAGGUUCUGUGGUCAGAUGCUUCAGUGACUUUUGUAACCAAGUCUUACCGGGAAUUGAAAGAAUUUCUUGCAAAGCUUCCUCAAAUGUUCCCAGAUGAAAACUUGGAAAGUGCCAUUCCAGAAAUCAACAGCCAUGACUUUUGCACAGAGGAGAGAAAACUUGUGGAUCUGGAGCCUUAUCUCAGAUAUUUGAUAUCCUUGCCUUCUCAUAUGAUCAAAACUGACCACAUACAGAAAUUUUUCAGCACCACAACAGUUAAUCAGACCAGCCAGCAUCUGAAUACCAAUCCCAUACCAGUGAUGUUACACAAAGCUAACACAAGCAAUGGUGCAGCUGUAAGGCCAAUAUGUGGUGUAGCCAGCAUCCAGUGUUCCCAUAACACGCUACAACCAUCAAUUUCUGUUUCAUCUUGCCCACACACUGUCAGUGGAAGCUCAGCACCAGUUGCUUGGCCGCAUACUGAGAACUUGAGUCCACAAAAUACAGAACAAAUUGGAAUUCUUGACUGGCUUAAAAAGUUGCGACUGCACAAGUAUUAUCCUGUUUUUAAACAACUCACAAUGGAUAAGUUCCUCAGUCUUACUGAAGAAGAUCUGAACAAAUUUGAAACACUCACAUUAGGAGCAAAGAAAAAGUUGAAGAUGCAAUUAGAACUUGAAAAAGAGAAGUCUGAGAGAAGAAGUAUUAACAGUGUGGGUCAGUCAGCAGUUUCUACUGCUGGAAUUGCAAGGGUGACACCAACAAGUCAUUUUGGUCCAAUUCAUUCCAUCCGCUGCAACCCUGCUACAGAGCUCCGAAUGGAGGUCGAACAGCACAAUCGUGCAGCAGCAAAAGAUAGUGGAUCUUCCUCUGAAUAUUCAAGUUCACCAUCAAGUCCAAUAGGAAUUCAGGGAAGGGAGGAGAGUUCAGAUAGUGCAGAUGAAAAUGAAAGAAAUGCAGAAACUGUUUUUGACAUUCAAGUAAGGGAGAAACCAGCAAUGUUAUCAAAUCAACUGAGUAACCUAAACACUGGAUCAUGGAGACCCACAGCACAAGUCUCUCCAGUACAAAACGAGACUGGAUUAGCACAUCCCAGCCAUGUAUCUUCAGCUAUUUCCACAGCGCAGAUCAUGCCAGUGAUCUCUUCAAACAUUGCUCCCAGCCGAAUGCUGAAUUCAGUACGUAAGUCAGAAAGAAGCAGCUUUGAUAUAAAGCCAAUAACAGGCAUAUCUUCUCCAAUCCAUGGAAAUCCAGCUGUUGACCUUGGAAACAAAAUUCAUGAAGGAUCUGGCAAUAGCAUCAAAGUGGAAAAAAAGUUUGGCUCUCUUGGACCUGUAGUUGUAGAUGUAGUGCCAACCCCUCCUGUUCAGGCUUCCCAAAUAUCUACAAUUGCGUCAGAAAAUAGUGGGAUUCCAUCUAAUGUUGUAAACUUUGGAAUUAGGACUAAAGUUGGACCUCCUUCCUCCAUUGAUAAUGCAUCCAAAACUACUCCAUUAUCAGUUUUGAGAAUGGACACCAGUUCUUCCACUAAUGCAACAUGUAACUCUGCAUAUAACAUUUCUCAGUCCCCUAUGAAACUUCUGGUCUCUUCUCCCAUUCCUACAGAACCAUUGCUGGUGGGACAAACUGCCUAUAAUAGUGUUGUACAAAUGAAAAGUGUAUCACCUGCUGUAAUAAGCUCAAGAACAGUUCCUUAUUCAGCAAACACCAAAGUUGCCUUUUCAACAAUUCAGUGUUCACCUGUAGCUUCCAUCUCUGGCACUUUCUGCACAAAUAACAACAAUGCACCUGCCAGUAGCCACUCUUCAGUAUCCUUCACAAACAUUGCAAGUAUGCCAAAUUGUCCUAUCCCUAGUUCCAGUCCAACCAUCUCUUCUGUGGCUGAAAACAGUUAUAUUAACAGCAAUAAUGGUAAUGGAGGCUCAGGAAUGAAUAUCCCAGUGCAACAGCAGCAGCAAUCUGGGUGUAACGUGUGCAGUUCUUGUGGCUGCAGUGGAAACUGCGGUUCCAACCCUGUGACUAUUAACUAUGCCAAUUACUUCCAAAGCCCAUUUUCUGGGCAUUCAGUGUUAACUUUUCCAAUUUUUCCAUUCAGUCCUCUAUGUAAUAAUGGUUACAUCAACACCCAAUAUAAUAACAGUACUGCCUUUCCCUAUCCGGUUGUUCCAUCCCCUGCCUAUAAUAGUGCAGUAACUCCUGAAUCCAUCUUAAGUGGACCAUCAAACUUUGUCAUGCCUCCCAUGCAGAAUUUCUUGGGUGGUACAACUGCAGUAUAUCAGACACAACAUUUACUAGGAAGCACAAAUGGAUUAGGACAUAAAAAGAAUGGACACAUUUCAUGCUACAACUGUGGGGCUAAUGGGCAUCGAGCUCAGGACUGCAAGCAGCCAGCAAUGGAUUCCAAUCAGCAAGGUACCUUUAGACUGAAGUAUGCACCUCCAUCUGAAAGUAUGGAUUCAGCAGACUAAUAGUUGGAAAUGCACAUUGAUAUGAAUCACAGUGUGCCAUUGAGUAUAAUAGUAGCAGGUACAAGGAAAGAUGCAAAUAUGUUCAGUGGAUAUCACGUCCUGCUAAAUUAAUUUUGUUUUUUUUUAAUCCAAAGGUGCUUUUUUAAAAAAUCUUAUACGGGAAUAUAAACUACACUGUGCAUGCACUAGCUGUAAAUAUAAGUAUGAUGGAGUUUUAAGAUGUAAUGGCUAAAACCAGGAUCAGUGUAUUUGGCAAAAAUUGUGCAUUGGCACAAAUGAAAAUGAAACUUAUCCUGAACUUUUAGGUAACUAUGGCUGUUUCUAGGAACUAAAACACAACAGCAGAAAUCUUCCAGAGUUAACCAUUUUCCUUUUGAUGGCCAAUACUGUACAGCUUUAUAAGAAUAGGAAAAAAAAUUGUGUUGAUUGUUGGGUUUAGUGGGAAGGGAAAGGAAUGAACUGACUCCAGAGAGAGGAACAAGGAACUCAGUUUCAGAUAAUUCAUUGUAAAAUUUACAAUGCAACAUUGGUGGAACACAGCAGAAUUCUACGAAGUACUCUCAUAUGACCACCAAGAUAGGGAAAAUAUUUGGAAAAACAACGCCGAAAGAACUGAAGAACUUUUUAAGCCUCUGAGAAGUUACCGAAUAUAAAUAUGAUUGGGUGGGAAAACUUGUAUCUGUUUUUGUAAGGUUCUUCAACUUGUAUAUUUUUAAUAUAGAGACCUUUACAUGUAAAAUGAUACAAAAAUAUUUUUUGUAAAAUUAGUUCUGUUUUGUAGAAAUAUCCUGUCAAGUUCUCCUGAAUCAAUUUGUCAUGUUUACAAGUGUUUGUAUCUGUGUGUGUGUGUGUGUGUGUGUGUGUGUACAUGUGUGUUUGAGAGAGAGAGAGAAUGUGUGCGUACGUGUAAGUCAAUCAACAGCUGUUGUAGAAGAGACUUUACAUACAGUAUGAUAGCAUUUAUGAGAAUAUUGAAUUGGUUUUGCAAUUUAUAGUUUCAAUCAACUUGCAUUACACACUAAAUCAACAAAGUCAGUUUGUUAACUCUUUUAGUGUGAGAAGGUAGCCUGUUAUUUUGUCAUCAUUUGGAAUAUAAGAGCAGAUUCUUUUUGCUUUCACCCAUGAGAAGAAUGUCUUGGUACAUUGAGAUAAAUGUUGGAAGAAUUUAGCAUCAAUCACAAAGAAAUCUAAAUGUUUUAUACUACUCCAUCCCAGAUUUGUAAAUACACAUCUGUAUGAAUUGGAAAUGCAAGAUGUUACUUACAGUGGCUCAUCCUCUUGUCUCUAUGCAAAGUGGAAGCUCUCCACAGAACUGAACAUACACUGCAGUACUGCAUGUGAUUCAAUACGUUUUGAUAUAAAGUGUGUUAAAAUGUUUGAUGCAACAAAUAAUAUUGUAGUACAGAAAGAGCUUAGAGAUUCAACAAUCUUUAUUUGUUGCUAAUGUGUCAUUACAUUGCCCAACCCAUAAGAAAUCAGCUUAGAAGUAACGUCGGAGUAAAUUAUAUGCACAUUAUUACUUGCCUUAAUUAACUUGAAAUCAAGAGUUAGUUUUCAAGUAAAUUUGAUUAAAUUAUUAUAGGUUUCCAUUGUGUAAUAUACUGUUGUGAUCAGAUGUUUCUAGGUAAGCUUGUUGGUGUAGCCUACACUUUUACUGGGACAGUAGGGUAUUGUUUGUAAUCUUAUGCAGUAAAUUUUAAUUAAAAGCCCUACUCAUUAUUAACCUGAAAUUUGGAGUGUAUAUAAAACAUUGUUUUCAUUUUUGACAUUUCUGUGUUUCCAAGGCAUGGAAACUUUUUUUUAAGCUAUUUUAUAAAAGGCCCAUGCAAUUUCUGCAGUGUGUACCUGCAUAUGGGGUGAUUAUGGUACACUGAGUGCUAAUUUUUUUCAGUUGAAUUGGGAAUUAAAACGGAUCUUUGGAAUCUUGGAUGUUAUAUUGAAAAUCAGAACAUAACUUCACUAGAUAAUUUUUGUUUUAACAGUGUAUGAUUUGAUAUUUUAAAAAUUGCUUGAUUUCAAUACCAUCUGUAACCCAGCUCUCCCAUAAAAGUUAUUUUAGGGACCAAAGUUGUGUGUCUCUCAAAGGCUUUGGAUAUUCCAUCCUGUAAACCAAAUGAUUUUAGAAGUGUAGACUGCACCAAUAACUCCAUAAAAUCAGAUAUUUGGAAACUUCUUGUUGAUUUAACAUCCUUUGUGCCACUCACUUUUAUAUUGAAAUAAACCAUUGGAAGACAUCAUAACAUUGUGCUUCAGUGAUGCUGGGUACAGCUUCCCAUUUACGAUGUUGAAAGAGAAAACUAUCUGCUGUAUAUCUGUAUUAGGCCACUUGUGAUAACCAAAUAUUAAUUCAUAGUACUAGUGAAUGACCAAGAUACCUACAUCCAUGGAAGUUUUUUUUGUAAUUUAUAAGACCAUCGUAAAAAUGUGUGAAUAUUAUCUGCCUUCAAGAUUAAAAUAAGAGCACGCCUGAAACAAGUUGGGCAAUAGCCUUAAACAAUGGACAAUCUAAGUUAAUGUGAAUUUGAUAUAUUCACAUAAAGUGAUGAUAGGCAUUAAUUUAGAAAGUUUAUACCCACCGUUUAUACAACUAAUAAUGUUUGACAUCAUAAUAUACAGGAAUCUGUAAACAUUAUGAAAUGUUUGGCCGUAUCAUGUGACUUUAUGAAAACUUAGAAGUGUAAGAAAUUUAUUUUUUUCUUCACUUUUUUCUCAUUUGGGAAUUUCCAAUGUGAGAAAUUUGUUUAUUCACUUUUGAAGGAUUGUGCAACACAAAAUGGAAAAGUUUUGGCAUAUGGUCAUCAUUCAGAUUAGCAUUAGAGGAAAAAGGAAAUUGUUGCAUAACUAAACCUAGAUGAGAAACAGAUUUGUGCUACCUUUAGACAUUUUAAAUGAAAAAAUAUUGAAUACUUAUCAGUAUUGUUCGAAUAUACUGAAAACUCCCAUCGACUGGGCAGAGUUGCAAAAGAACUGGUCCGCAAGAUCUGUAAAUACAUUUUUAAGAAACAGUAUAUUAAAUGUAAUAAAGUUAUAGGUCGGCUACUGGGUUCAUUCAUCAUACCUUGAAAUGCCACCUCUAUUAUGAAAGAAACAUGAGUUGCAAACUAGUCAUAUUUCUAGCUUACGUUUGCAUUUCAUAUACCAGUACAAUAUAGAAUAUAGAGUGAUGGGUAGUAGGACUUUUUUCUGAACGGAGAGUGAUUAUUUCUUUUUUGUCAUUGCUGUUCACAUUUGUCUCCUCUGUCUUGGUGUUUCUGUGUCUCUCCAAUCCAGCUUAGGAAAAGUUAAAUCUUCCAAGACUCCAAUGGCUAAUAAUUAAAAGUCUGCAUUGAUCAAAGCCAUAAUGGUUAGAGGAGAACUAGCUUCAUUCACAUUACCUGCUGAAUGAACAGUUUUAGUGAUUGACGUCAGGCUGUGUUAGUGGUAGAUAGGAAAUAUGAUACACUAGGUACAGUCUACACCUCUGAUUGCUAUUUAAUGUUUCCUUUGUAUAGAUAAUGAAAAAGGUGUUAUGCUUUAUUUAUGGCUUUAUAGCUUCCAAUUUAUGAGGAUUAAUCACUUGAGCAAAAGUGCUAGCUAUUGUAAACUCUUAACUCCAUUUCUGCAGAAAUUGCAUCCAGAAAUUUGUCCUUACAUUAAAGCCAAUGAAGCAGAAUUUCAGAAAAAUAAUGAAAUGUGCAGAUGCUACCAUGUAGCAAGUUUAAUAUUACUUACAAGUUUGAAUUUUUCCUCUCAGUGUCUUCAGGAGAGGGAGAAAGUAGGAGGUAACUGAGAAAAAUGUAUUAAAAGUUUUUUAAAAAAUUCCCAAGUGCAAUGAAGUACUUGCAAAAUCUUCAAAAUAAGUAUAAUAUUUGUAUUUUUUUCUUUGCAAUUUUUCUUGCGAGAUCUGACCUCUUACCCUGCUGAUUAUGUCCCCAUCUUGUCAAAGUUGUGUUUUAUUUUUUGUAGCACAUCUUUUGGUUAAAUGUUACAGUUUUCUUUGAAGAAUUUUUUUUUAAUUCAGUAAGUUUAUAUACAAUAUUAUGCAUACCAGACAGAGAUUUGGAGACUUACGGAAACCUGACAGUGGUUUGAAAUCAUCACUCUUACUGAAGGUGGUAAUUGAUGGUUCAUGAUAGUCACCUGAAAUGUUUAGAUGUUUAGUAUAUUCUCAAAAUUCUGACAUAUCUGUAACUUUUAUAGAGUUUUGUAACUUUUUUCCCUUUGAGUUUACUUUCACCAGCUAAUACCACUAUGCCAUACAUUUAAUGUGUAAUAAUAUGAGUAUUGAAAUUAUGAUAUCAUCUAAGUUUAUCAUGUGAUAAUUGCUAUCUUGUUACUAAAUCUAUAACAUAAUGCGUUGAAAACUGAAUAACUUGUUCUGGCGAUUCUAUCUUCUCCAUCAUUAAAUAUUGCAUUCUAUAUAGAACUGUUGAGUUGAAGCACUCCAACAUCCUGUUUACCAUGGUUUCCUCGUACCUUUUGAAGGUUUAGUGAAGACAUAAAACUUAAAAUAAAAAUAGUAUAUUUGACGAGUACACUGCAAAAUUAACUGGUUUUCAAUUGACGCCAAUUUAGAAUACUACUUGUAGUUUCCUUUUCAUGACCUGAAUCUUCAAUGAUUUCACUACUACCUUGAUUUGCUCUCUUUGUGGAGGCAAAUAUAUCACUGUAUCUUAAUAUCUCUCUAUUGUUACUGCAUAGUAAUAGUGGAGAGUUUAGGAUACAGAUACAAAUUCAUAAUGAGGAUGAAAAAGUUUCUCUGCUACUCCAUUAUUAUAAUAGUAGACACAGUAAAAUUGAACUUCAGCUUUACACCUGGGUGUAAAACAGAUAAUUUUUUCAUAGGAACAGUUCAAAAUUUAUUUGCAACUGAAUUACGGUUUCACAAUGGGCAGAAUUCAAGUUCUACUGUAUAAUGUCAUUAUUAUAAAAAUUGAUUUUUGAAAUUUUAGCAGACCUGGGGAGUGAUAAUAUACAGAAUGAUAAUUAAAAUAUAAUUACAUUUUAUAAUCACCAGGCUGCAAUGGCUUCUGUAUUUCAUGCAUUCUGUGCAGAUGAUUGGUUCAUAAUUCAUUUUUGAAUUUUAAAAAAACAUUAUAUAAAGUUUUAAUUCCUUGGUAACUAUUCGACCUUAUGUGUUUGUGAUAUGUAUAAAUUGCUGAUUUGGUUCAGAUUACCCUUACAGAAACAUAGCCGUUUUCUAUUGUUUUUUAAUUAGAAUGUUUUCUCCUUUAAUUGAGGGGUAAUAGUGGUGAGAUCUAGUACAAUUUUUAUCUUUAACACAAGAUAUUGCAGCAUACACAUAACAGUCAAAGGAAAUUAUAGCGUCAUGUAUGCAUCUUGAACCUAAUCAUAACAAUUUAACCUCUAGGAUGAAAUUGUCAAAUGCCUAUUUGUCUCACAUCUAAUGAAAUUUGUAUUGAGAAUACCCAAACAGAACCUCCUAUAACAUUCAUAUUAUAAUUUCUCCAGGCCAAGUUCAAACUCUUUUCCCAUGAGUAAAAGGACAUUCUAGAAGAAGAAUAUAAGAAUGUAUUAGCCUGACAGGGGUGUCGUAUUUUUAAAGCUCCAUGUAUUUAGCUGUUGUUAGGGCACUGUAGAAUCUUACAUAGAACUGGCACACUACCUAAUAAAAGGGUCCCAGAAAUUUUGUAGUGGAACAAAUGCUUGCAUAUGUGAAACACUAACAUUCCCAUUGAUAAAUUGGUGUAAAGUGUGCACAAGAAUUUAUUUUUGAGAGCUUCAUUAUUUUAAUAUCCAGGUUAUACCAUUGCUUAGAAAUUCAUACCUUUGUCAACUCCAAUAAAACUUAAUUUUAAAUGCAGAGAUCUUGCAGCCAUUAUAAUGUAGUGUAUUUAGUGCUACCAACUGGCGACGGAUUUCUAUGCAAGUUGAUCUUUGCAGCAUUCUUGGAAACAGCCAAGGGGUAUUUGGCUUAAAAGAAGUUCAUUUAUUUUCAGAGUCCAAAGAUCACUUUAACCUGGUAUGAGGGUCUUGCAUAUCAAUCUGAAUUAUGUAUUGGCAAGUUUACAACUAUGUUGCAUUUAAAUUAUUUACCUUUUUUUGUAGAACCAUUUGAUCUGUAAAGUGCCAUGGUAAACUGUCAUCAGAAAUGUGCUGGAUACUGAACAGACUUUUAUCAUUAUAAAAAUAAAUAAUGAUGAAAAUACUGAGCAGUUCAAGCAGCAUGAAUCUGGAGAGAAAAACACAAUAUUUCAGAAUAAUGGCAUUUCAUCAGACCUGGGACAAGUGAGAAGUUUUUUAUGUCGUAGAGAAGAGGGGAGGUGGAAAGAACAAAAUUACUUGUUCUUUAAUCACUGCCAAUUUACAGUAUGUUUGUAUAGUACUAGACAGUACUAUUUGUCUUCAUGUCAAGUUACUUUUAGACUAUUUUUGGUAGGUGCUCUGGAUAGUUACAUGGUUUGAAGAUUUUGUAUAAUCCAGCUCUAGAUUUUUCUCCCCAAUCCCUUUCCUAAUGUACUGUCUUCUCAUCAGAAUUAUUGAGGUUAGCCAGUAAACUUUUUCAUGUUUGCUGUCAUAAGUUUAACAGGAUAAUUUAAUAUGUAUUUUUAAACAAGAUGUGUUGGCUGAUCUUUUAUUUUUUCCCCUUUUCUUCAACUCUUUACUUCCAUACUGAUCCCCCCAUUAUGGUCCACCAAAUACUAAAUAAAUUCCGAUUGAAAAUAGUCCAGGAAAAUUUUAAUAAGCACCUUGAAAGUUGAUGUUAAAUUUUACAAGGGCAUUUUAUAACACUCAAAAUUAGGAGAAAUUUCAUUAGAUUAAUAUUUAUUUGUGCAAUUUUGACAGCUAAUUAAUCCUUGAUGUUACAAAGAAAUGAGUUCUAACACUUUUGUAUCAUAUUUACUCAUAUUCUGUUCAAAUGAAAUAUAAUCAUGGGAUAAUAUACCAUGUAAGUUUUUAUUUUGCAUGGUGGAGAAUGAUGGACUCAUAUUUUUAAUACUGAAAAAUUACUUAGUACACAUUUAUUGAGGUAGAGUUCUUGACUCCUCAGUAAUAUAUCCUCUUUUACAUGUAAAUAAUGCCUAUUGUUUAAGAAUCUGUUUCUCAUUUGGAAUCUGUGGUUUUUAUACUGUAUAUCCAUAGAAAACUUUGAAAUUUAACUAAGAUUGGGUAGUACUACCUCUAGUUAAAUUAUAAAAUAUCUUUACUUGAAUUGAGCAAAACAUUUUCUUAUGUUGUACACCAGGUAUAAAUAUUAGAGUUUUGAGAUACAUUUCUCUAUUUUCACAGAAAAUGUAUCUUGUAUUAGUCCUCAUGAUAUGUAAAACAUUUUAAAAUUCUACGUUGUCCUCAGUUCAAAUUGUUAUAUUUGCAAUCUGUCGAUAAAGCAUUCAUUUUAACUAUGAUUUUAAAAUAAUGUUUUUCUAAGUGCUUGCUUGCAGUAAAAAUGGCAUGCACAACACUGCAUGUUAUUCAGUUCAAAAGUAAACCUUACUUUUGAUUCUUGGUUUCUUAUUGAGUAAUAAGAUACCAGAUAUUGUAAAUUAAAUCUGUCCUCUGUUUCUUACCAAUCGCUGCAUAUAAUAACUUGAUUUUAAAAGUAAAAUUUCAUUGGAUUAAGACAUCUUGUGAUUUAUCCAGUCAAUGCCUGUUUACAUUGAACAACAAUGUGUUGAUAUAAAAUUUCUGUUUUCAUAGUGAAAUAAAUAUUCCCAUUAAAUUUGAACUGCCUCUCUUUUAAUGAACUGAAUACAUGAUCAAUUUUUUUCUGACUUUCUCCAUUGGGAAUCUCAAAAUUUAGUUACAAAGUCUAUCAGUUGCAGCAUCUCAAUUAUCAACAGCUGGUGCAACAGUGUCUUACCUGCACAGUCAAAUCUUGAUGACAUUUUUAGGUAUUCCUAAAAGUGCAGAUUAUAAUUCAAUACUCUGAUUUUGACCACCAAAUCACGUUUGCCUUCUUCUGUUGCAUGACUUUUGUAAUUUUAUUUGGUAGUUUAAGAGCUAAUUUACUGUAAUUAAAUAUUACCUAAAUGAAGACACAGUAUUUGCUGUGUACUCUUUCCUGUUUUAGCUUUUAGAAAAAACAUUUUAAAACUUAAUUUUUUAAAUGUGGUCAAGAUCAGUUAUAUCUGAUAUCAAUGAUUUGAUAACAUAAAGAAUACAUUUUAAAUCAAAUCUUACUUAGUUUCUUAAUACAUCUGUACUUGUUCAGUCAUUCCCAGGUUGGAAAUGUGAUUUUUAGCAGUGCUCUUUUUUUUCUACUUUGUUUGUUACAAUGUUUUGGCAUUCCAGUGUUUCUAAAACAUUAAAAGAAGUGGAACUAAACACAUGAAGAAUAUUAAUAUAUCAAAGUAAAUUGAAACUACCUUUUCUGAAUUUACAUGGCCAUGUUAUGGCAUAAAAGUAUUCUUUAAGAUCUUCAAUUUAAUUUUCAGUGGAAUCCUGUUCUAUUUGAAAUAAUGUGGUAUUUUGGCAUUACAUUUUGCCUUUAGCAUGCUUAUCAUUUUGUAGAUUGUCUAGUUUCUUUAAAGCUCUUUAGUUCUUUAUCUGUUGCCUUUUAUAGUUUUGCAUUACUCAACUCCUGUAAAAAUGUAGCAGAGAAACUGGCCUAAAACUACCUUUAUGCGAGAACUCAAGAUAAUUGACCUCCUCUUUUCUAUACACCUUCUGUUUUCUAUACAAUUUGACGUGGCACACGAACAAGUCGCAAGAAUAAUGAACACAUUUUGAUGCACUGCAGUGCGAUGAAUAUAUUGUGUCAUGUGCAUCACUAAUGCUUAUUUUCUUCUUCAAUUUUUCUAAGGUGGUGGGAGUUGGCUGGUGUCAUAUAGAUGUUUUCUUACAAUUUACAAACUCCAAAACUUGUAGAUCUAAACAAUAUGAGCUGUAACAAGUUAGUCAUUCUGCAAUGCCUAGCAUUUCUCAAUAAAACGUACACCCCACAGAUCACGUAAAUUAAGGAAAUAAGCUUUUUUUCACUGUAAUUGUAAAGAAAUCCAAAUGUUAUGAGCCUUCCAUUACCAAUACUAAUAAAUUAGAUAUUUUCUUUUCCUGGCUUGUACUGACACAUUUUUGAAUAUUAAACUAAAACAGUAUUUUAUUUGCUAUUGCCCUGACAGGUUAUUUGACACAAGUAAUUUGCACAAAUGUAAAUAGUAAAUUGAAAUGUGUGCUAUUCAGUGAAGGGAGGGAUAUAAAAAUAUUUCUUUAUCAACUCAAUUUCAGACUUUACCCUUGAGAGGUUUUUGUUUGGAUUGUUGAGAGAUGUUUUAAAAUUAUUGUUAUUUUUUAGUGAAUUAAUAUUUUUGCCUUGUUAAACUGGUUUAAAUAAUAAUGCCUUUCAUUCUUUGUCAGUAUGACAACAAUGCAGCAGUCACUGCCGAGACUCCAGAUAACAUUAUUUAUGCCAUCAUAGUAGUUGCUGCUUGCAUCAAUAUUUGACAGAACUGUUAAGUGCCAUAAUUUAUAAGUGCCAUAGAAAUAUUUUGGCCCAUCUUGGGAGUCAAUAUUGUUGUAUAGUAACAAAUUUUACAAUGGCAAGAUAAAUUAUGCUUUCUUUGUAUUCUACCUAAGUUUAUGGAAAGUUCAGUUAUAUUGGUAGUCAUUUUUUUAGCCCAUUAAUGCAACUUAAUAUCAAAAUAUUUGAGAUUGAAAACAUAGUAACGCUCAUUUUGAACCAUUGCACAUUUCAAUAUUUAAUGUUUUGACCAUUGUGCAUGUAGCAUUAAUAUUGAAAAUUAUUGCAGUUCCAUAAAAUAAAAUUAUUAUGCAAUUGAUUUGAACUCAACACAGCUUUCACACAUUAUUUUGUUUUUAUAUUACUUUGUUAAUGAAAGGAACACAAUGUACAUUUGUAGAGAAAUACAUUUUUAUCUUAUAAGUCCUGUUGUAUUUUAAAUGCCAAUACAAAAAAGCAAUAAAAAUAUG